AUGGGGCUCCCAUUGGUGGGAACAAACAUCACCACUGAUGAUGAGCGUGCUUGGACCUAUAAUUUGAAAUGCCAUGAGUGUUCGGUCAUAAACAACUUCAACUGUGAACCCGUAAGGACAUGUCCGUAUGAAGUUAGGCGCUGUUUCAUACUCUCCAUUCGUCUGAACUCUCGUGAACUACUCAUUUAUAAGAACUGUACAAAAAACUGCACAUUUUUAUAUGAAUCUCAAGUGCCUCCUGAAGCCCCAAGAUAUUCCUUCAGAACUAAUAGUUUCUAUUUUGUUCGUUGCUGUAAUAGCAUGCGUUGCAAUGAGGGAGGACCUACUAAUGUUGAAAAAGACAUAGUCCCCGAUGAAACAAUUGAGGAGACGCUUCCAGAAGGAACUGCGCGUUUCGGGGAGUCGAAAUGUGUCCUGAUCCUUGUCUCUAUCAUAGUCAGCAACAUACUAACUUGA